AGCUAACGUUAGCGAGCUAAUAAUUUCGGGAGCGUUUCCUGGUUGUGAUUCCUCGACCCGAGGUUUAGGAUACCAACUCCUUGACUUCCUUUAACCUCGCAGGGCAUAAAGUCAGUUAGUAUUUAGCUUGUGCUAUGUAAUACCAGCAUUAAUACUGUUUUGUUCUCUCUGGGAGUGGAGAACGUUACGUUAGAGACAAGAUAAAAACCUGGGCUGUUUGACGUGUUUACUGUCAAACAUUAUAGCUGACGUUUACAACCAGUGAACGUUAUUUCAUCUUCGUUACACGGUUUAUCUUUAUUUCUCCAUGCAUGUAGUACGGGUUUUAAAUAGUUUAACAUUUUUGUUCGAAAUCGUCACACUGUUAAAAUAAUCGCCUAAGUCAUUUUUUGUCAAAAUUGCUUUUUUGUUGAUUCCUGAAUCAUCUCCUCAUGACGCCGGCCACCUAUGGUGGAGGCAGGAGGUGUGAGUAGAGUGCAGUAGACGUCAGCAGCAUGUAUUCUGAGUGGCGCUCGCUGCAGUUGGUGGUGCAGAGUGACCAGGGCCACCUCAGUGUUCUGCACACCUACCCCACGACCGUGGGCACAGAGGUGGCAAAUGCUGUGGUCAAGCCUUUGGGCACGGCUGUUAGCCCCGUCGCCACAGAGAACAUCCUCAAGACAGACAAGGAGGUAAAAUGGACCAUGGAGGUGCUGUGUUAUGGCCUCACCCUCCCUUUAGAGGGGGACACUGUCAAGCUGUGUGUGGAUGUGUACACAGACUGGAUGAUGGCCCUGGUGUCACCCAGGGACUCUAUGCCUCAGCCUGUCGUCAAGGAGCCCAAUAUGUAUGUCCAGACCAUCCUCAAACAUCUCUACAACGUCUUUGUGCCAAGGCCUGAACAGCACAGUCUGAACCACAUCAGGCUUUGCCAGCAGGUCCUGACUGCAGUUCAGAAAUUGGCACGCGAGUCUGUUUCCAUGGUGAGGGAAACCUGGGAGGUGCUGUUGCUCUUCCUGCUUCGCAUCAACGACACAUUACUUGCCCCGCCCACAGUCGGAGUUGGGGUGGCAGAGAAACUGGCAGAGAAGUUAAUGGCAGUGCUGUUCGAGGUGUGGCUACUGGCAUGUGCCCGAUGCUUUCCCACACCACCAUAUUGGAAGACGGCAAGGGAGAUGCUGGCCAACUGGAGACACCACCCUCCUGUUGUAGAACAGUGGAGCAGAGUGGCCUGCGCCCUCACCUCCAGGCUCUUGCGCUUCACACACGGACCGUCCUUCCCACCUUUUAAAGUUCCUGAUGAAGACGCCAGUCUGAUUCCUUUAGAGAUGGACAAUGACUGUGUGGCACAGACGUGGUACCGCUUUCUCCACAUGCUUAGCAACCCAGUGGACCUGAGCAACCCUGCGAUAGUGAGCACCACUCCAAAGUUUCAAGAACAGUUUCUUAACUCCAGCGGUAUCCCUCAUGAAGUGGUGCUGCAUCCGUGUUUGAAACAACUACCACAGAUCUUCUUCAGGGCCAUGAGGGGCAUCAGCUGCUUAGUGGAUGCCUUCUUAGGUGUCUCAAUUGAAAAGAGAGAUGUACGGGAAAGGGUGUUCACUUUUUCUCCAGCUCUGCUCUCUCAUGGUAUAUCACGUCCCAGAGCUGACAGUGCCCCGCCCACCCCAGUCAACAGAAUGAGCAUGUCUCCGCCCCCCUCCAUCACCAACACGACGCCCCCUCACAGCCGCAAGCAAAGGCAUACAGUGGUCACUAAAACCACGAGCAAGAGUUCAACUGGCAGUGGUAGUCAACCAACCAAAGCAUCCCAGCAGCAACAGCAGCAGCAGCAAACUUCGUCCUCCCCGACCCUGCUCUCCAGCCCCAACCAGAGCAGCUGGGAGACUCGGCCCUUGCCGGCCCCGGCCCGGCCAAAGGUCAACAGCAUCCUUAAUCUGUUUGGCCAGUGGCUUUUCGACGCCGCACUGGUCCACUGUAAGCUCCACAGCGGCCUCAGCAGAGACCCCAGCAUGACGGCCUCUUUUAUCCAAAUUCUCCUUUCUUAUAAAUCUUCGAUAGCCACUCAAGUAGGUCUGGAGCUGAGAAGGAAAGGUUCCCAAAUGUCCACUGACUCCAUGGUGUCCAACCCCAUGUUUGACGCCAAUGAAUUCCCAGAGAGCUACGAGGCAGGACGAGCCGAGGCCUGCGGGACUCUCUGCCGCAUUUUCUGUAGCAAGAAAACUGGAGAAGAUAUUCUGCCUGUUUACCUGUCCAGGUUCUACAUGGUCCUGAUUCAGGGUCUCCAGAUCUCCGAUUUUAUCUGCAGACCAGUUCUGGCUUCUAUCAUUCUCAACUCUUCCUCUCUCUUCUGUACUGACCUGAAAGGCAUCAAUGUGGUCGUGCCCUACUUCAUAGCUGCCCUGGAGACAAUUGUACCAGACAGGGAGCUGUCCAAAUUCAAGAUGUAUGUAAACCCUACCGACCUGAGGAGAGCCUCCAUCAACAUCUUGCUUGCGAUGCUGCCUUUGCCGCAUCAUUUUGGCAACAUCAAGUCAGAGGUUCUGUUGGAAGGAAAAUUCAAUGAGGAGGAUGGUUGGCCUCAUGACCAGCCCGUGUCUUUCCUCUCCCUGAGGCUACGUCUCGUCAAUGUUCUCAUUGGGGCACUUCAAACUGAGACUGACCCCACUAACACACAGCUCAUUCUGGGUGCCAUGCUAAAUCUUGUUCAAGACUCAGCACUGUUGGAGUCCAUAGGCGCACAGACUGAAACAGGUAGUAUAGAUGGGAGUGUGACUGUGAGAAGUCAGAGUCACAGCCGUACCAACAGUGGCAUUAGUUACACCAGCGGGGGAAGCACGGAGGCCACCAGCCCAGACUCUGAGCGACCUGCCCAGGUCCUGCUUCGAGACUACGCUCUUCCAGAUACGGCGGCGGGCCUGCUGGUGCGCAGCAUCCACCUGGUCACUCAGAGACUCAACUCCCAGUGGAGGCAAGACAUGAGCAUUUCACUGGCUGCUCUGGAGCUGCUGGCUGGGCUUGCCAAGGUAAAGGUGGGAGUGGACUCUGCAGACCGUAAACGUGCCGUCAGCUCUAUAUGUGGGUACAUCGUGUACCAGUGUAGCCGUCCUGCCCCUCUUCAGUCCCGAGACCUCCACUCCAUGAUUGUAGCUGCCUUCCAGUUUCUCUGCGUGUGGCUCACAGAGCACCCUGACAUGCUGGAUGAGAAGGAUUGUUUGGUAGAGGUGUUGGAGAUUGUGGAGCUGGGAAUCUCUGGCAGCAAGUCCAGACAGGAACAGGAAGUCCGACAUAAAGGGGAGAAGGAGCACAACCCAGCUUCAAUGAGGGUGAAGGACGCUGCUGAGGCGACUUUGUCCUGUAUCAUGCAGGUGUUGGGGGCCUUCCCUUCCCCCAGUGGACCUGCCUCCACCUGCAGCCUGCUGAAUGAAGACACCCUGAUUCGCUACGCCAGACUCAGUGCCACAGGAGCCAGCAAUUUCCGCUAUUUUGUCCUGGACAACUCGGUCAUCCUGGCCAUGCUGGAGCAACCUCUCGGCAACGAGCAGAACCCAAGUCCAUCAGUGACUGUUUUGAUCCGAGGGACGGCCGGCAGACAUGCCUGGACCAUGCAGCUCUUCCACCAACCCAGAGGAGCUCGGGCCAAUCAGAGGCAGGUGUUUGUUCCCGAGGGCCGUCCAACGCCCAACAACGGUGUUGGUAUCAAAUACAACGUCAAGCAGAGGCCCUUCCCUGAAGAGGUGGAUAAAAUUCCUCUUGUUAAAGCUGAUGUCAGUAUUCCUGACUUGGAUGACAUCGUCAGUAAAGAGGUGUGUUGUAUGGGCUGGAAGGAUGAUUCGAGAGCUACACAUACAUUGAUGAAUAAUAACCCUCACCUGGAAGUUCAGCACGACAAGCUUCGUGUUCUGAUGAGCAAGCAGAUCGAGUAUGAGAACAACUUGGAGCGCCACAGUGAGGAAAUCUGGAAGUCCAAGCCUUACCCUGACCCGCAGACAGACUGCAAACCCCCUCCGCCCUCACAGGAGUUCCAGACAGCACGCCUCUUCCUCUCCCACUUUGGUUUUCUGUCUCUGGAGGCACUCAAGGAGCCCAACAACAGUCGUCUACCUCCUCAUCUGAUUGGCCUGGAGUCUUCCUUGCCAGGGUUUUUUGAUGACAUCAGCUACCUGGACCUGCUUCCCUGCCGACCAUUUGACACUGUCUUUAUUUUCUACGUGAGAGCUGGACAGAAAAGCAGCCCUGAGAUCCUGAGGAAUGUGGAGUCAUCGUCCAGCGUCCAGCCCCACUUUUUGGAGUUCCUGCUAUCCCUGGGCUGGCCUGUGGACGUGGGACGCCACCCAGGGUGGACGGGACACCUAGAUACCAGCUGGUCCCUCAACUCCUGCUCCGACAGCAAUGACAUACAACAAACAGAGGACGCAACUACUCCUGAGGACACCGGAGGUUCAAUGUUCAACGGAGAGAAGAAAGUUUUAUACUACGCUGAUGCCCUGACAGAGAUUGCCUUCGUUGUUCCAUCUUUAACGGAAAACUCCGAGGAGUCCUCAGUGCACAGUGACUCCACAGUGGAGGCGGACACCAACGCAGACCUCGUGCCUGGUUCACACAAACAACCCAAUCUCACACUGGAGCUGUUCCCAAACCAUUCUGAAAACCUAGAGUCUGCCAAAAAGCUGAGUCCUUUGGUAAAGACGAAGAGGUCAUCGACUGGAAAGUCUUUCCCUCCUCUCGGUCCUGAGACGAAGGUGUUUGUGGUCUGGGUGGAGCGCUUCGAUGAUAUCGAGAACUUCCCGUUGUCUGAUCUCUUGGCGGAAACCAGCACGGGUUUGGAAGCCAGCAUGAGCAACAGCACUUCCUGCAGGUCAGGGUUACUAGAGAAGGAUGUUCCUCUGAUCUUCAUCCACCCUCUGAAGACGGGACUCUUCAGGAUCCGGCUGCACGGUGCUGUGGGUAAAUUCGGCAUGGUGAUUCCUGUGGUGGACGGCAUGGUGGUCAGCCGCAGAGCACUAGGGUUUCUUGUGCGCCAAACGGUCAUCAACGUGUGCCGACGGAAGCGUCUGGAAAGUGACUUGUACAACCCGCCUCACGUGAGGCGGAAGCAGAAAAUAACUGAGAUUGUCCAGCGCUACCGCAACAAGCAACUGGAGCCUGAGUUUUACACCUCGCUCUUCCACGAGGUGGGGGAGGGAAAGCCUCACCUCUAACCCCCCUGCCCUGUCCUAACACUGGCUCACAAGUGCACACAACAACAACAACAACAACACACUCUUACCCUAUACUCAUACACCAUUUACAACCCUACAUGCAUACACACACAUACACACACACACACACACACAUGCAAACACACACAGAAUCUUUAUAUUUAUACUGUACUGUUUUGUUAUUUAUAUGAAUACAUAUAUCAACACUGUCUGCCUUUGACUCCGAGAGCAAAGUGUCAAAAAACCAUGCCAAGGUGGAAAAAGCUGCAUUUCUAUGUUGCAGCCACUCAUUGAAGAUUUGAAUGGCUGAAACUCAAACAGUGACUGUCUCUCUUCAUUUAGGAUCAUGCUUUGUGGCAAAAAAGAGUUUCUGCUUGUCAUAAACUGCAAUACAAUAGUUACACUGUUGGCCUUUCUGAAAUUGUAAAUUGUCCUUUAAAACCCUGUGAUAUGAAUUUCAUGAUGGUUUGGUAAUACAGAGCUGUGUCCAAAAUCCAGAUCUGCAUACCUGUUUUUGUUUUAAUCAAACAUUUAUGGUUGGAUUCUUGCCAAGGAGAUAAACACGUAAGCGUUAAAAGAAGAAAAUUGUUUUGUAAUAAUCAUCGCUGCUGCUGCCGCUGCUUCAAAGGCAAGUGGCAUCAAGAGAACAAAGAAAUGAUUGACAGCAUUAACCCAUAAUCUAAUCCCACUACAAAUGAUCAUACACAUGCAGACACCUGCUAAAGUCUUCCUAGUGCAAACACACAUUUGGCCAUCGCAGCAGCUGACUGAGCACACAGAUAUUGCUAUUUAUAUAUUUUUUAUUUUCCAGAUGAUUUAUAUGACUCCUAUGUUGUAUUACUGUAUGUAGAUAUCAUUUUUUGUUUUGACACCUGCGCUGUCUUUGUGCCAGUCUGACAGUCAUCCCAUCUCACAACAGCCACUGCAGUGUGUGUGUGUCUGUUUGUCUGUCUGUCUGUCUGUGUGUCUGUCUGUCUGUCUGUCUGUCUGUGUGUCUGUCUGUUUGUCUGUCUGUUUGUCUGUCUGUCUGUCUGUGUGUGUCUGUGUGUCUGUGUGUGUGGCCACAUAUAUGCUUGUUCAACCAGCCAAAUCACUGACACUACAAGGAGUCACGGUGACCCCAAAAUAUGGCAUUUAAAGAUAAAUUCUGUAACUUCAAGUCAAGUAGGUCAAGAUGUAACCCUAGAACCGGUUUACUCUUAAAGCUAGGUAACAUUUGAGAUUACUGAUAAUGAGAGUAGUUACAGAGCUCCUGGAGUUUGCACUUGUUGUUUUGCAGGGCUCAUAUGAGAGAAAAGACAUUAUAGGCUUGAUGUCUCUGCCAAACAGAACUAUAGCACAGUUGAAGUGUCUCGCUCCUUCAGACAAAUCUAUAGUGAUGCAUUCAAAGGCCAGAACACUCAUUGUAGCUAACAGCGUUCUAUACAGCUUGCAUUUUGGCUGAUCCGAGCUGUAAUCUUUUUAUUCUAAACCCAGGAAGAGAAUAUUUCGCUUCAGUUUGGAAAAACAAAAAGUUCAGUUUUUGCCUUCACAUGCGUUUUACUACUUUUCUUUUUUUUUUUUCUUCACAAAUUGUUUCACUUUUUUUGUUUGCUCACUGUACUUUGGUUUUUGAUUCAAGCCCUCUCACUGUCUGCCUGUAACAAUGUGAAUCUAUUUAUCACAGAGAUGGAACAGGGCAAACACCUCUUUGUUAUAUUGGAAAGUCUUAAUGCACUGAGCACAUUUUAUGUUUAUUUUCUAUUCCCCUUUGGUUACCUUACAUGUCCUUUUGUACUUUUGUGCAUUUUGAAAGAAAACCCUGCUGAAGGAAGAGUUUUAUCUUGUGAAAUAUGAAUGAAGAAGAAGAAGAAGAGGCGUCGUGGAGUUUUUAACCUAUCAUGUCUAAUUGUGUGACUCACUUUUUAUGACCAGUGCUUUAUGCACAUGCCUUUUUUUGGAAGGAAAAAGUACAUUAAAUAUGCUUCAAAGAAACUACAUACAAUCAGUCAUACAUUGUAUCCUAUGUUACUCCUCUGAUGUUUGAUCAUAUUUAAAGAUUUGCCAUGUACAGAAGCGGAGGAUGAUAUGUAAAUAUAUGAUAGUGUAAGGCAUUUAUAAGUUGUCUGUUGCAUUCCUCAUCUGAGAUGGCGCGAAAAAUUAUGUAUGUAUGCAAUUAUGUGUGGGAGCAUCACAAUGGGUAUUGAAUGUAACAUGCAUCAAUUAAAACUAUUAUUGACAUUUUAA